GCCCGCGCAGCUGCACCGGCGCUUCGCCACUUGUCCCUGAGUCUCAGCUCGCCACCAUGUCGGAAACCGCUCCUGCCGCGCCCGCCGCCGCGCCCCCUGCGGAGAAGGCCCCGGUGAAGAAGAAGGCAGCCAAGAAGGGCGCGGGGGUUCGCCGCAAGGCGUCCGGGCCGCCGGUGUCCGAGCUCAUCACCAAGGCCGUGGCCGCCUCCAAGGAGCGCAGCGGCGUGUCGCUGGCCGCGCUCAAGAAGGCGCUGGCGGCCGCCGGCUACGACGUGGAGAAGAACAACAGCCGCAUCAAGCUGGGCCUCAAGAGCCUGGUGAGCAAGGGCACCCUGGUGCAGACCAAGGGCACCGGCGCCUCGGGCUCCUUCAAGCUCAACAAGAAGGCGGCCCCCGGCGAGGCCAAGCCCAAGGCCAAGAAGGCCGGCCCGGCCAAGCCCAAGAAGGCUGCCGGCGCGGCCAAGAAGCCCAAGAAGGCGGCGGGCUCGGCCACCCCCAAGAAGGGCGCCAAGAAGACCCCGAAGAAGGCGAAGAAGCCUGCGGCGGCCGCCGUGGCCAAGAAGGUGGCCAAGAGUCCGAAGAAGGCGAAGGCGGCCAAGCCCAAGAAGGUCGCCAAGAGCGCAGCCAAGGCUGUGAAGCCCAAGGCCGCCAAGCCCAAGGUUGCCAAGCCUAAGAAGGCUGCCCCCAAAAAGAAGUAGGUGGUUGCGCGUCUGCUUCGAAAACUCCCCAAAAAAGG